AUUCAAGGCAGGAGUGAUAAUGUACCAUUCUUCUCCCCAGAGCCCAACCCCACUUCCAGGAAGGGGGAGCUCAGGCAGAAACUCCGGGGAGGCCCAGGGUUUAGAGGGCCAGACUGAACAAGGGCUGAUCUCAGGCACACAGACAGACACCCUGCAGCAGCACCAGGAGCCCAGACUCUGUCGGCCGGAGGGAAGCCCCAGGAGCUGCCUGCAGCCAUGCCAGCUCUCAGCCUGCUCAUUUUGGGCCUGCUUGCAGCAGUGUCACCUGCCAGCUGUCAACAAGGCCUGGGAAAUCUGCAGCCUUGGAUGCAGGGCCUCAUCGCCAUGGCCGUCUUCCUGGUCCUCGUCGCAAUCGCCUUUGCCAUCAACCACUUCUGGUGCCAGGAGGAGCCGGAGCCCGAGAACCUGGUCAUGACCAUCGGAGACAAGGCAGAUGGGGUCCUGGUCGGAAUGGAUGGAAAGUACUCCUCGAUGGCAGCCAGCUUCAGGUCCAGCGAGCACGAGAAUGCCUAUGAGAACGUCCCCGAGGAGGGCAAGGUCCGGAGCACCCCCAUGUGACCCUGCUCACCUGGGGCCCCCAGUUCUGUGGGGACUCCUGUCCCAUUCAGAAGAGUUUCCUGAAGAGGAUGGGCAGUUCAGCACUUCCCAUCCUGCCUCUCAUCUCCUUCCUCAGAACUGUGGAAAUGGCCCUUAUUUCUGUGAAAUAAAAACUUUUUGUACUUCUGGGGCUGAAGGCCCCAGGACUGAGGAACAGUCCUUCAGGCAUUCAGUGAGGCCAAAUCUUUCUGACGCUUGACAAUCACCUCCUGAGGCCACUGUCAUAGUGACUGGAGAACUACCCAGAACCUCCUGUGCCCAUAGGGCAGCUGGGGCUGAGAAAGGGCCAGGCUGUGUCCAAGGUGGGUAUAGGAGGGUCUGUGAGUGUGCAAACACCCAUGCAUGAGAGCGUCUGCUGUGCUCAUGUGCGUGGGAGAGUCGGGGAGGAAGGGGAAGCCAGGGGCAGAGCAGUUGGGAGAGGCUUCCUGGGGGAGGCUGACCCUGACGUGAGCCAGGUGCCCCUAGUGCUGGUCAGUUUCAAGAUGUGUCCAGGUCCUCUUUCACGUAUAUAGGGCAGGAAGAGUGUGUUAGAGGCCACGUGGAGGGCCCCAUGGGGCCAGGGAUCUCACCCCUCCACUUCUUGUUCCAGGCGAGCCCCUCCUGCCAGCCAUCCCCUAACCCCCUUCC